AUGGAUUUUUUGAAGAUUAAAAAGAAGUUUAGAAAAUCUCAGAAAGGAGGUGUAGAGAAAGAUUUGGUAGACAAGGCAGUACCGGAGCCUGAGGAACCGAAGACUAACGCUGGUGAUUCGGAUCAGUAUAAAUCAGAAAAUGCAGAUUCUGCUGGUGAUGUUGAGGAGGAUGACGAUGAUUUUAUUACCAAUGAGGUGAAGAGGAGGCUCAAGGAAUUGAGAAGAAACAGUUUUAUGGUUUUGAUUCCGGAAGAAGAUUCGUGUCUGGAGGAAGGGGAGGAUGAAGAGGAAGAGGGAGAGACGGGUUCUAAUGAAUGGAGGGAUGUGGAGGCAGAAGGUCAGCAGUGGUGGCGAGGCUUUGAUGCUGUUUUUGAAAAGUACUGUGAAAGAAUGCUGUUCUUUGAUCGGAUGUGUGGGCAGCAUCUUAGUGAAAUCGGAAAAGGUUCUCAGAACACUCCAACUCCAUCUCCAAGAUCUACUACAGCAAAGAAACUGGUCUCUCCCAUGCGGUGUCUUUCCUUGAAAAGGUUUGAAGAACCAGAUGAUGAGUUUGAACAUCUUCAACAGCCUGAAAAUUGUCCAUACUUGGAUAUUGAAACGGCGUAUAUAGGUCAAAUUUGCUUGACUUGGGAGGCACUUCAUUGUCAGUACUCUCAUAUGAGUUAUAAGAUAUCUUGGCAACAUGAAAAUCCUACCUGUUAUAACCGUAGUGCACAGGAGUUUCAACAGUUCCAAGUUCUAUUGCAGAGGUUUAUUGAAAAUGAACCUUUCGAGCAAGGACUUCGACCUGAAAUUUAUGCUCGCACAAGGAACACUUUGCCUAAACUGCUUCAGGUUCCUAAUAUACGAGGUUCAGAUAAUGAAUUAACAGAUGAGUCAGAUAUGAGAGUUCUUGCUCCAGAUCUGAUCAGGAUAAUCGAAAACUCUAUCCUUACUUUCCACCUUUUCCUGAAAAGGGACAAGAAGAAGUCAAGUGGUGUUAUCAACCUGUUUGGAAACCAGAACCAGCUUGCAACUCCUCUACAACAGGUUCAGUAUACUCUUGAGAAGAAAGUGGUGAAACUGAAGGAACUGCGAAAAAGGAAGAAGGGUUGGAGAAAAAGUUCUUGGCCACAAAAGCACGAGGACAUUCAACUAUUGCUUGGUCUAAUUGACGUGAAAAUCCUAUCAAGGGUUCUUAGAAUGACAAGGAUGACAAGAGAACAACUGUUUUGGUGUGAAGAAAAGAUGAAAAAACUAGAUUUAUCAAAUAGUAAGUUAGAGAGGGAUCCAUGUCCCAUUCUCUUCCCUUGCUAA